GAAGGGCUCCGCUCCCAGCCGGCCCCAGCCCGGAGGCACCCAGAAGGGAGAGGAGGCAGGAUUCCUCCCCCCACCCCCAAGCUCCGACAAACGGGUGCCCGCCCUGGGGAGUCCGGGAGCUCGGAGACCCCUCCACCCCCCGGGAAGCCGGACCUUUGACCCAGGCUCCCCCCGGGCCCCUGGAUCCAAGCCCCGUCUUGCCAAAAGAAACCAGAAUUCAGAGGCCUGGCAUCCGUCCAGCACCCGCUGGGUGCCGGGCACGGUGCCAGGCCCCCGGGGGUACAACGUGAGCUUCCGGGCAGGACAAGAUGGGGAAGCCAGGGAGGUCCGGGGGUGUCCUUGGGGGGGUGGCCACUAAAUGGAGGAUGGGCUGGGGGAGGGGAGAAUCCUCAGCACAGAGCGGGGCACUGAGGGGGGGCUGCUGCCUCCCACCUCUGCGGGGAAGGCCAGGAGGCUUCCCUCCUCUGUAAAGGGGGGCAGGCGCAGCCCUUGCCCCCAGCUGAGGUGCACAGGAGGACCUCCCGAAGGAGCCCAUCCGUGACCCAGACUGAGAGACUGAUGGCUGUGGGGCCCUGUGCUCCACCGUGCCUCAGUUUACCCCUCUGUAAAAUGGGGACCGUGCCGGCCAUCCUUCAGGAGCCCUAGUGAGGCCUGAAUGAGGAAGAAGGGAGCGGUGGAACACGCGGGCAUCUAAAAGCGUUCUCUCUUGCUGGACUCUCCAGAGUCUGAAGCCUUGGGUUCGAGUCUCUUCCUGUGCCUGGAAGGGGUGCCUGAGGGGCGCGCGCGGGACCAGGAGGGCCUUCAGGAGGGGCCUCGCCCAAAGUGGGGCGGCCACAGACUCGCGGGCGCUCCCCUUGGCGGGGGGCCGAGCCGGCCGGCCCCGUGACAGCCUCGUGUCGGGGCUCGUGGUGGGCUGAGGGGGGGGUGCCCCAUCGGGCUCUCUGUGACCCUUGUUCUCGCUGUGAAUAGAAGGCUUGUGAGGCGCCAGCCCAGCCCCCCCCCAGCCCAGCUGCUACCCUCCCAGGGAGUCUGGCCGGGCCAGCCGACGCCUCCCGCUCCAAAUAUGGUCAGAAGGGAGGAGGGAGGGCCGGCGGGCACUUUGGCCGGACGUCACCGGAAUCUUCUCUGGCCCGCAGAGCCGGCCGCCCAGCGACCCGGAAUGGCCGCCCCUCGGGGGGCCCGGACGCCCCUGACCAGGGUGGCCAUCUUCGGGGGCACCCACGGCAACGAGCUGUCCGGAGUGCUUCUGGCGCGGCACUGGCAGGAGGACGGCGCCGAGGUGCAGAGGCCGGGGCUCCGGGUGACGCCCUUCAUCUCGAACCCGCGCGCCGUGCACAGGGGCGUCCGCUACGUCGACCGCGACCUGAACCGCGUCUUCGACCCCGCGCACCUGGGCCCGGAGCCCCCCGAGGACCAGCCUUACGAGGUGGAGCAGGCCCGGGAGAUCCAUCGCCUGUUCGGCGCCUACGAUGUGAUCCUCGACCUGCACAACACCACCUCCAACAUGGGCUGCACCCUCAUCCUGGAGAGCUCCCGCGACGACGUGCUCAUCCAGAUGUUCCGUUACAUCCAGAGCUCCGUGGCCCCCACGCCCUGCUCCGUGUACCUCAUCGAGCACCCGUCUCUGAAGUACGCCACCGCGCGCUCCAUCGCCAAGCACCCCGUGGGCAUUGAGGUGGGCCCCCAGCCCCAGGGCGUUCUCAGAGCCGACAUCCUCCAGCAGAUGAGAAGCGUGGUCAAGCACGCCCUUGAUUUCAUCCAGUAUUUCAACGAGGGAAGAGAAUUCCCUGCCUGCUCCCUGGAGGCUUACCAGGUCACUGGGAAAGUCGACUACCCUCGCAAGGCCAACGGGGAGAUCGCCGCCGUGAUCCACCCCAGCCUGCAGGACCGCGACUGGCAGCCCCUGAAGCCCGGCGAGCCCGCCUUCCUCACGCUGGACGGCACGACCAUCCCCUUUGAUGGCGACGGCCCGGUGUACCCCGUGUUUGUGAACGAGGCGGCCUACUAUGAGAAAGGGGAGGCCUUCGCCAAGACGCGCAAGGUGACGCUGACGGCUCGCCGCCUGGACGCCGCCGGGGCCCCCAGGGAGGCGCCCCCACAGACCAGGUUCCCGGGGGACGUCUGACCCCCCUUGGGGGCCCUGCACGGGGGGAACCAAUAAAGUGUCGCCUCCUU